AAAGAGACCAUUAGGAAUGCCUCUCAGUAACUGGUUUCCUGAGAUAUCUGAAGUUAGACACACAGCCUGGAGCAAUCUGAACAUAUCGCCCCCGCAGCUCUGCAGGAAUCAGGAUGCAGGCCAAAUACAGCAGCACGAGGGAUAUGCUCGAUGAUGAUGACACCACCAUAAGCCUGUAUUCUGGAGCUUCCACUGUCACCAGACGUGCAGAUCCCAGGCAUUCAGAGAAUGAGACUCCCUCUUCAGUUUGGCGCCCAGUGGCCCUGACUCUGCUGACCUUGUGUUUGGUGCUACUCGUUGGCCUGGCAGCCCUGGGCCUUGUGUUUUUUCAGUUCUACCAGCUCUCCAAUAUCCAGCAAGACAGCAUCGCUGAAAAGGAUGAAAGGCUGGGGAAUGUAUCCCGACAGCUGCAGUCCCUCCAGAUGCAGAACAGGAGACUCAUAGAAACUCUACAGCAUGUAGCUGUAAAACUGUGUCGUGAACUUUACAACAAAAGUGGAGGACACAGAUGCAGCCCUUGCCCAGAGAAAUGGAAGUGGCAUGGGGACAAAUGUUACCAGUUCUAUAAAGAGAGUAAAAACUGGCAGGGCUGUGAAUAUUUCUGCCUGGCUGAAAAUGCCACCAUGCUGAAGAUAAGCACACAGGAAGAGCUGGAUUUUGCCAUGCCUCAGAGCUACUCUGAGUUUUUCUACUCUUAUUGGACAGGGCUCUCCCGCAAUGGCAGUGGCAAAGCGUGGCUGUGGACAGAUGGGACACCUUACUCCUUUGAACUGUUUGAGAUUAUAAUAGAUCCCAACAACCCAAGGAACAGGGACUGUAUGACCAUCUUCAAUGGAAAGGCUUUCUCAAAGGACUGCAAAGAGCUGAGGAGGUGUGCCUGUGAACGGAUGGCAGGGAGAGUGGUACCUGAGGUGUUCCAGUAGGUGCCAUCAAACAUUGAGCAGAGGAAGUCAACAGGAAAGCUUCAACCACCAGCCAAAGGUCUGAGUCAAUUGCGGCCAAAGCCAUGGACAGUCGAAGUUUUGGGAAACAGAGAAGCAGCUGCUGGGACUGGUACUUGAGAGGUUCUCCUCUUUCUGGCUCGGCAUCAUCCAUACCUGAGCACCGGUUCUUACACACAUUUACCUGUCACAAAGAUUCUUAUGAAGCACCAAUUAGCCUCAGUAGACUAGAGCAUUGUCCUCCUUGAUUUACAGAAGGCUUUGAGCUGUCUCUCAGUGACUAUUCUCACCCUGUUUCCUAUGUCUCCUUUACACUAGGAAAAGAGGCACAUAAGAAAAUAGAGGGGGUGAUACGAAGCCACUCACUGUGUGUGGUGGUGUCUACACAAGUCUUGUUGUCUUCCAGCUCUCAGCACUUGGACAGUGGAGGCAAGACAUGAAAAGUUUAAGGCCACCCACAACUACACAGAAAGGAGGCCAUCCUCGGCUGUAUGAGGACCUCUUCUCAAACAGCAAAAAGGAACAAAAGAACAAGAGAGUUAAAAAAAGAAAGAAAGAAAAAAGAAAGGAGAAAAAAACAAAGCAAAACAGAGAAUAGAGAAAAGGGAAGUGGGGUCCUUUGGGGUCCUUUGUCCUAAUAGGAAGUCCAAGAGAAACUACCAGACAUCCCAUUCCUGUGCUGUUAUACACAGCUAAUCCUUUUUGUUUCCAGUUCACACUUUGCCUUUCCCAGGUUCUCAACAAUAGCUUCACCCGCUACACUGCUGGUCAUCUUUCCAGCCGAACUGGCUCUCAUUGUGUCAAUCUUUCCCCAAUCAUGUUUCCUAGGAUGAUCUCACCUCUCAUAUAAGUUAGAACUACUGUCCCUGUACUCCAACAAGGAGACUGGAGAGAAGUUUAGUCUCUUUAAAUACACAGAUAAUAGUUUGAAUUCUUCCUCCAUUCCAUUUGAAACAUGUUUAUACCUUUCAGGUACUGAAGAUUUAAUAAUAAUACGCGUGAAUAAUGUGAAAUGGGUAUGGUUUUAGAAUGGAUUUGUGACUUAGGGGAAAAUCACCAAGGGAACGCUUUUCACUACUGUGUUAACAGACUGUUUGACUACUUGUGCCUUGACCAUUGGUGAAGCCACUCUGAGGCUAUUGUUUAUGGGAUAUCUGAGGAUAAGAAAGUAUACAAAACAUUGUCUUCAAAAGGAUGGCUGUAUGAUAUUUCUAAAGUGAAAUGGUUGUGGCAAAAUCACGACAUCGAUGUUGGUCUGUUGAGUACCUGAGUUGUGGUAGACCACAUGAUAUCUAAACAGGAGUUUGAGGAGAAAGAGAAGCUGUGACGUUUACACAGCCAAACUCUUGACUAGACAUUAGCUUCUCUGGGUGAUGACAUUCAAAGCCAUAAUGGGAGUUGUUGUGAAUAACACUAUGUCAACUGGAUUCAUUGUUUAUAGAGAAGCCAGCAUUAUAGGGUUGACAGCACCAGUAUCAGAUGUCACACUCUUAUUUUUCAACAGUAAAAACUGGGAAACAUCUAUUUCAUGGUGAAUUUACUAAAUUAGCCCUUUUGUAAUGAGAACAAUUCUGUAUUUAUUUUCAUAAGACUUAAUUUGAUAACAGUCAUUUAUCUAAACAUGACUGAUAGGCUGCUUAAAUUUUCUUUUAGAUUUCCUUCCAACUAGUUAGGGGGUUUCUUCAAUGAUAAAUGAAUUCUGUGCAGGGUUACUGUAUCAAGUAAACAGAAUGUAUUCAUGGUUAGUUUUAAAACUUGAGGGGUUUAUGUCUCUCUUGGUUUGAUUUAUUUAUUGAGCAAGUCACAUCUCUUCAUGUAGCUGAUGAAAAAGUUGAAAUAUUUUUUUUGGUUUUUUCGAGACAGGGUUUCCCUGUAGUUUCUAGAGCCUGUCCUGGAACUAGCUCUUGUAGACCAGGCUGGCCUCGAACUCAGAGAACCGCCUGCCUCUGCCUCCCGAGUGCUGGGAUUAAAGGCGUGCGGCACCACCGCCCGGCCCAAGUUGAAAUAUUUUUAAUUUCCCAAUGACAUUACUUAAAAUGAAGUAAAUGUGAAGUUAGUCUCAUAAUGUAGGUUGUAGUAGAAAAUGUAAGGUAAAUUAAGAAAAUAUUUAAAAUGGUUUAGUAGUCCUUGUUUAAAUAUAGGGUAACACAAAUGCAGAUUCUUUAUUCAUUAAAGAUAAAAAAAAUUCUCAAAUAUUUUCCAUAAUUAACAAAAUGAUGACUGUUUUCCUGCUCAGUUAAAGUGACUAAUACAAAAACUUAAAAAAUAAAAAAAUAAAGGUGAAAUACAUUAUUAAGCAAUUGUUGUAUAAACCUGCAGAAGGAAACAGGAGUCAGCAAGAGAAAGUCACAAACUUUGUAUACUUAAUUGUAAACAAGGACCAUGAUUCUCAUUUAAGUUUGACUCUAGCAUUCUGGACUCCUGGAGAGAAGAAGACAUCUGUCUCUCUAACUACUGUUGACUGAUAAAGUCUAGCUAUCUAGAGGGUGAAUAGCAUUCUUAUUUGGAAUCUGAGAUCUCAAGCAAAAUGUUUUUUCGGGGGAAAAAAGGAAGAAAUUGUAUUUAAAAAAUAUAUUUUCUCGAUCUUAUUCUUCGUUAUUACCCUUAGUCCCCCUUUCUGUACCCAAGCCUGAUAAUAUUGAUGUUUGAUAAUACAAACAUCCCAAAAGAUGAGAAAAGGGGGUAUGGUACAACAUUGCCUCUACAAACAUUUAAGAAACAAGAAUCAAUCAUAAAAUUAAUUUUAAGAUAAGGCUUGCUGAUAAUAAAAAAUGGAAACCAUA